ACGACUUUUAUCUUUUAACAUAAUUUGACUCUCAAACAUACUGCGUCGUUAUAGCUGUAAUCUUCAAUUGAGCGGUGUGUUGUUUUAAAAAAAAUUUUCCAGUGCCUCAACUUCACAACGUAGAAAUGGUUGAAAUGAACAGUUCAGAUUUCCCUGCAGAAAGCCUCGGGUUUUCACAGGAACAGAUUACGUGUUUCGCAGUUGCUCUUGGAUCAUUCACCAUCCUCAUCUUCAUUUUCCUUCUGUUUUGUGCCCUCGUAAAGGAAAAGUUGAAGGCUCUUCUUGAAUUCGACAUUAACUUACUAGAAACUAAAUCAAACACGAACCUGCAUGCCGUAAAAGUGUCUACUAAACAGAAGGACUACACUUCUAGUGAAAAAGAAUUGGAAACAUCUAUAUGCAAAUCAAUUUGCAAAAACAUUGGAAAAUGUAUAAUAGUGAUCGCAACGGCAAUUCUCAGUUUCAUAUAUAUGUUUGAUUUCUUCCAAGAUUCGUUCAUGGUUUACUUUUAUUUGGAGCAUGAGCAGAGAGUUACCGCUCUUAUAUAUUUGGCUUUAACCAUUAUUCCAAUAAUUCUGUCAUAUUUUCUGGUGCUUUAUCCUCUUUUUUACCAUGUGGAUCCCUCAAAUAAACGCCGUCGAUUAAUGCUUGUACUGCUUGCAUGUUUUCCAUUUCUAAAAAGCUGCAUAUUAUUCUGGACAAUUCGAAUGGGUUGGAAACGCUGGAGAGCGAGAUGGUAUUUACAAGCUUUGACGUUCCUUUGGUUGACUGAAGCCGCUCUGGAGGGAAUUCCGCAGACGAUUCUAUUGUAUUUUAUUAAAUAUGAAAAUAAAGAUCUUAACAUCGAUUUGUACAACGCACAGGAUAUUUCUUUAGUCAUUAAUUUUGUGUCCUCCCUUCUUAGUGUAUAUUUUGCCACGAAGUACCUUAAUAAAGACGAGGACCAAGACUGGAACAUUCCAAAAGAACUCUUACAAAAUCGCACAAAAAUAAUUGUGUAUCUUUUUGGC